GCCAGAGGCCGCGGACGACGCGGGCGGGAGCCCGGGCGACCUGCGGGUGGGGAGCAUCUCGGAGGGCCGCAUGGGCUGCCAGGCCGCGGUCCUGCAGCUGCCGGCGCCCGGAGCCAACUACCCCCUCUGCACCAGGACCGGGGACUUGCGUCUUGGUCGUGGGCGGCGAGAACGGCGAGGAGGAGUGGGAGCAGGCAGACGUGCGGCAGUUCGACAAUGUCCUCGUCUACGACGAUUGCAUGUGGCAGUCAGAGGAGAUUGUCCCACCGAUGCUGGCGCCCCGAACGGCCAUGGCCGUCUGCGUCGGGCGCGGCAGCAUAAGAGGCUACCCCUCCCGGGAGCGCAAGGAGGCCCCGGAGCCCGCCCUGAGCUCCAGGGGCGGCGGCUAG